AGGAAUGUAUAUCUUUAUCGUCGCCUGUCUGAUAAUAAGCAGGUUGUUAUCAAACAGAUUCCCAUGGAAUCUAUAACAACAGAGGAAUGUGAGCUAACAAAAAAUGAAGUAAAGGUCUUGUCAAUGCUUCAUCAUCCCAACAUAAUUGAAUACUAUGAGAAUUUUCUUGAAAAUAAUACAAUGAUGAUUGUCAUGGAGUAUGCUCCAGGAGGGAAUUUAUAUGAUUACCUUCGCUGUCGAGGUGAGGGAAAUCUUCUUCAAGAAGAGGAUGUAUUACACCUGUUUUGCCAGUUGGUGGUAGGCAUAAAGCAUAUUCAUGAAAUGAGCAUUCUUCACAGAGACAUCAAGUCACACAACAUACUUUUAGAUAGAUCUCAUCGCAUCGUAAAGAUAGGGGAUUUUGGCAUUUCAAAAAUUCUUAGCAGUAAAAGCAAAGCACACUCAGUAGUUGGAACUCCAUGCUAUCUUUCACCUGAAUUAUGUCAGGAAAAACCAUAUAAUAAGAAGAGUGAUAUAUGGGCCCUUGGUUGUGUUCUAUAUGAGAUGCUUACCUUAAGAAGAGCCUUUGAAGCAGGGACACUGCCAGCUUUGAUCAUGAAAAUCAUGCGAGGAAUUUUUGUCCCUAUCCAUCCCCAGUAUAGUGCAGAAAUGCGUUCCCUUGUUCACUUACUAUUGCAUGUGGACCCAGCACAACGUCCAAAUAUACAUGAGGUUAUUAGUCAUCCACUGGUUUUUCCCACAAUCUUUAAACUUCAUGCUGAUCUGGGAAUGGUGCGAUGUGUUUCCAGACCAUUACGCUUAUCAUCAGUUGGAACCAGGACCAGGUCAUCCAGAGGAAGUGAAGACUCAACAGACAGAGAAAAGCUAGAUGCUGAAAGGAGUGAUUAUAUAGAAGAGUUAAGUGAGAUGGAAACUGCUGCAGAAAUUGCAGCUGCAACCCCCUCCUCUGAUGUAUUUUUCUUGGAUCCAUGUGGUAAUAUAUGCAGACUACCCCUUGGUCAUUGUGAGGGAAAUGUCUGUCAAGUGGCAGCCAGCAAAACUCACAAAGCUGCCAUAACCAAUUUGGGUCAAGUUAUCCUUUGGCAGCCACAGGCUGAUUCCACUAAUACAGUGAUGAAGUUUUGUUUUACCCCUACAAUACUGAAAUCACCUCCUUCUGUCGUUAUUGUUCAAGUAGCUUGUGGUGAUGGCUUCAUGGCAUGCAUUACUGAGGUAUUCCUCAUGACUAGUGGUAGUGGAGCUUCUGGCAGUCGGCAUGGGAGUACAAAUGAUGUUACACAACUGAAUGUGGAAUCAUUACUUGGUGUUUCAAUCAAACAGAUAGCUUGUGGGGCUUCUCAUGUUGUUGCACUUUCAGCUGAUCAGCAAGUAUACACCUGGGGAUGUGGGGAUAAUGGUCGUUUAGGAAUUGGGUCAAGAAUGAUGCAGUUAUGGCCUAGACUUGCUAAUGUUGAUGAUAUGAUGUAUGAAGUAGUAGAUGUUGCUGCAGGUGAAGAUUGUUCUUUUUUAACAACAUCCUCAGGUGUUCUUUUAGCAUCAGGGUCCAACAGAAUGAACAAAUUAUGUGUGGAUGAAACAGAUAUAGCUGGAUGUGAAACUCUUAAGCAAAUUGAAGAUAUAGCAACAUUUGUUCCUGUAUGUUCCCGACCUCUUUCAAAUAAUAGUAUAUCUAAAGUAGCUGUUGGUUUGGAUCACACUGUUUUUCCUUACUGGAGACUGGUAGUUGGUGAAAAUUAUACCAGUUUAUUUCCAAUUACCAAGAUUUGGUCAUCAGCUUAA